UCCCCCCCUCCUCGACCGUGAGGGACGACUCGAACGAGCGUUGAGGCUCCGCUCCGGUCUUGCCCAGGGAACUUCCCGACAGCGGCGCCUUAUCUUAUGGAAGCAUCUCGACGGACCCGUGAGGCCAGUCUGGCUGCGGGAAUCCCCUAGCCACCCCAGACUCGCACUCGCUCUUCCCCCGUGGCGCUGAUGUUUGGUUCAAGCCGCAUUCUACGUUUACUCAUCGUAGGUGAUUGACGGUCCAAGGACGGAUGAUCACACCCUGAAACGCCUCACGCGCCCGCUCCAGAAGAUGACGCUCGCCAUCUCUUUCUCUGUCUGUCUGUCCGUCCGUCUCCCUGUUUGUCUACCUGCAAUCUUACUUUGCCUUUCGGAUGCUGUUACAUGCCGGUGAGAUGUCGAGCCUCCGGCGGCCCCGAAAGUUCGCCCAAAGCCCCCCUCCCCGGUCCUUAGACACACGAAGGGUGGCUGGCUCUGGCGUUUCUGUACAGGAUGAAAGUGAAGUCCCCGAUCGAACUAUAAGAUCAUCCAAAAUCCUCGCUACUUCGGCUACUCGGCUCUCAUUCUCAUCAUCUCACUCUUUCUCUUGUCUCAUCAACCCGGUGUUCUGAUACUUCUCCACAGCUGUGCUGUUCCAUUUCCACAAACCAGUCCUUCGCUCAUUAAUCCAUCGUUUUAUUAUUAUUAUUACAAACCACACCUUCUUUCAGUAAACAAAACCCACCCCCCCGGUCCAAACGAUCAUCAACAUGAAGUUCUCCGUCGUCCUCGCCACCCUCGCCGCCGUCGCCUCGGCUGCCCCCUCCGGGGAUAUCUCCUCGGCCGGCAACAGGGUCCAGAAGCGCGCCGUCUUCACGGCCAAGACCUUUGACGAGCUCUCCAUCAGCGGCGGCACCGCUGGUAAGGCCAAGGAGGAUGCCCUGGCCAAGUUCGCCGGCCUGCCGACGGACCUUUCCACCGUCGACAAGGCCGAUCUCGAGUUCCUCGACAGUGCCAACAAGAUCGCCAACCAGGCCGAGCGUGGCGCCUACAACACAGAGAUUGCCAAGACGGCUCCCGGCGAGGACGCUCUCGCUCUUCAGCGCGCCAAGAUCCAGAACAAGGUCAUGAAGCUCACGGCCACUGUCUUGGGCCUGCAGGCCCAGCAGGCGCAGGGCCAGAACGUGACGGCCAAGCUCGAGGAGGAGACCAAGAAGCUCGAGAAGAACAUCGCCGACGACGUCGCCAACGCCGGCAAGCCCGCCACCGCCCUCAAGUUCAACGCCUCCACCGACAACCCGGCCGCCAGCGAGGUGCCCAAGGACGAGGCUCUGGCGACCAAGGCGGGCGACGUCGUCAAGCAGUCCAUCGCCCUCGCCGGCGGAGGCCAGGCCGCUGCCGGCAAGGGCAAGGGCGCUGACACGGGCGCCGGAAAGGGUGACGGCAAGGGCGCCGGCAAGGGCGAUGGCAAGGGUGACGGCAAGGGCAAGGGCGGCGCCGCCGCCGCGAGCAAGGCCGCCGCCGGGGAGGAGGACGAGGAGUGA